AUGCCUCCCAAAGCUCCUAAAGAACCCACUAAGGCUCAGCUUUCGUCUCGCCUAUCAUACUCGCAAAACACACCCGCCUUUCUUCUCAGACUGCAGAACAAAAUGGCUGGCGUCUCCGCGCCCGAAGACGAGGACGAGCCACAAUACGAGGACGACGAGUUUGAGGACUUUGCGCGUGGAUCGGGUCGGCCACCUAUACCCAAGCGUCCAGCUGACUCACGGCCAGCAUUACCUGAACGUCCGGCGGACGAUCCAGGAAGUGCGGAUGAAGAUGACGGGGAUGAGGCACCGCAGGUAGUUGUCUUGAAGGCAGGGAAGCAUCUGACAGAGAGGGAAGCCGAGAAUGAGAGGCGAAAAGCAAAAGGCCUUCCUCCGCUCGUUGAUAGUAAAGAGACGGACGCAAAGCCAGAAACAAAGGAUGGCGUGCCAAAAGAACCGGGUCGGGCACAGACUCAACUGGAAAAGCAGAAGAAUAGCCUUUCGUUUAACUCGUCCGGAUCAGAUGCGAAGAAAGGCAAGCGAAAAGUGGCUGUAUUGCAGAGCGAGGACUUGCGAGACGGUGACCAGUCUCGCCCGGAGAAAAAACAGAAGAAGAAGGCGAAAUUAGAACGCAAGGCCCUCCUUUCCUUUGACGAUGAUGCAUAG